AUGUUUCGUUUGAAAAAUGACGCUCCAGAAAUGGAAUCAAUGGCAACUAAAGAAGUAAUUAUUCAAAACCUUGAUUUUAAAACAAGUGAAGCUGAAUUAACCAAAUUCUUGAAAAAAUGGAAUCCAACAAGAGUACUUAUUCCAUACCAAACAAUGGUAGGCUUACGAUAUUAUCAUCCACGCCCCUACGGGAUUGCUUUUGUUUGUUUUGACACUGUUGAAGCAGCCACUACUUUAAUUAAUGAUUUGCAAUUUCUUUACUAUAAGGGUAAAAGUCUCCGUUUAAAUUAUCACAUCCCUUAUGAAAGCUUGAAAAGAAAAAAUUUGAUGGCACCACAAGAAUAUGAAAGUGAAAACUUACCAGAUGAUGAUGAACUAUCCAAAGACACAAUUUAUUGUCGUAUACUACCUGCAGAGUGCACAGAUGCAGAUCUGAGAAACUUUGUUGAACUCUAUGAUCCAGUUGAAUUUUGGAUAUACAAGUCUCCAACAAAUUCAUUAUUCACCCAUUGUUGUUUGCCCCAUUAUAAAAAAAAAGGUUUUAUAUUAUCAGCUUUAGUUAAACUUGGAGAUGGCACUAAUAUAGAUGAUGUUUGUGUGGCUUUAAAUAAAGGAAAACUGUGUAAUAAGAAAGUUAAAUUUAUUCCAGCUUUGAAACAUACUAUCAAAGAAGUUAAAAAAGCUACCUUAAAUGAUACUUUUGUUGAAGCAAAUAAUAUAUAUAUUACUCAAGAAGAGCGACAGGAAGCUCUAAUGGACGAAAAUAUAAUAGUGCCCAAGAUAACUUCCCAUCCAGAAAAUAGUUCUACUCCAAUUGCAGAUUUAAGUUUAAAUAAUAAGCCAUAA